AGCAAUGCAGCAGCUGUACUCCCAGCAUUGCAGCAAUGGGGUUUCUCAGGACAGCCGCCAUGGCCAUACUGCUGCUGUCGAUGACUUUCGAGGGCGGCGAAGCCGUCUGCAACAUGACACAGGAAGGUUUCGAUGCGUGCAAGCCUUCGGUGACGCCGCCGAAUCCACCGCCGCCGUCGGUGGCGUGCUGCAAGGCCCUCGCCAACGCAGACUUGCCGUGCCUCUGCUCCUACAAGAACUCGCCGCUGCUGCCCGCGCUGGGAAUCGACCCCGGCCUGGCCAUGACGCUGCCUCCAAAGUGCAACCUCAAAUUACCAGCAAACUGUUGAUGGAGGUGGCGAGGUUCAGUCAUUGGGAUGAUGUGCUUAUCAUCAGAUGUCGAUUACUCCUUCGUGAUAUCAAGUGCAUGGAAUAAGCUGUGUCAUGCGUCGUCGACUGGUGCAUCCAGCAGUAGCUGUCUAGCUGUUGAAAGUGUGAUAUUGUGUGCACAAGUAUCAAAGUUCAUGCAAAUAAUCUCCUGUUUCUUUACUAGAUCGAAGCAAUGAAUUAUACAUGAUUAAUGGUUUGAAA